AUGCAACGAACUGAAAAUUUUCUCAAUAAAGAACCUCAGAAGUUUUGGGAUUUUGUUAGAAAAAAUCAAUCUAAUUUUUGCAUUCCUAAAUUUAUCAAGCUUAACGGUAUCAGUUGUAACGAUGAGCAAGAUACAGCUAAUAUGUUUUCCUCCUACUUUAACUCCAUUUAUUUUAUUCAAAAAGCCAUUAAUACUGAUCUAUCGAACUUAGAUAUUUUGUCUUAUAACCUUCCUAAUAGCUCCUCCUUUUCUGUUGAUGUUGUUUUUAUAAGUUUAUCUAAACUAAAUGGUGUAACGUCUAUUGGCCCAGAUGGCAUAUCUGGUUUGUAUCUUUACAAUCUAAGAUAUACGUUAGCUUUUCCACUGUGGCUUCUUUUUAGGCGCUCGUUAUUAGAUGGUAUAUUUCCUGAUUUAUGGAAAAUUAGUUAUAUAACACCUGUCUUAAAAUUGGGUGAUGCUUCUCUGGUUGAGAACUACCGGUCUAUUUCUAUCUUAUCUCACGUUUCCAAACUAUUUAAAUCUCUAAACUUAGAUUGUAUUCUGCCUUCUGUUUAUCCCAUAUUGAUGUAUGAGUAAUAUAGUUUCUGCCCUGGUCAUUCAACAACUUGCAAUGUAACUUUCUGCAAUUACAGGUAUAUAUUUAAUGUUUUUGGUGCUCAUUCUCAGGUUGAUGUGAUUUAUACUGAUUUUGCCAAGGCCUUUGAUCAUGUAAAUUACCAUACUCUACUGAAAGUACUUGCUCGAACUGAAAUAGGUGAACUACUUAUCAUGGUUUGGCUCACUCCUUUCAUGUAG